AUGGUCUCCCAAACCACUGGCGACGAGCAGGUGAAGUUCAAGAAAGAGAGCUUGGAGAUUCUGCAAACCAUCGACGACCAUGCUGGUACUCUUGGAAAGAAGAAAUUUUUUGGAGGAGACAACAUUGGAAUUUUGGACAUAGCCUUGGGAUGCAUUGCUCAUUGGACUGAAGUCAUUGAAGACGUGGCUGGGGGGAAGCUAUUUGAAGCCCAUGCAUUCCCUUACUUGCAUGCUUGGACUCAGAACUUCAAAGAAGUGCCUGCAAUCAAAGAAAACCUUCCUGAUCGUGAUAAAAUGCUGGUCCUCUUUAAGCGUGGCAGGGAAAAAUUGCUGGCGUCUCAGUGA